AUGAAACCAACUUCGAUUUAUCUGAUCUUAUUGAUCGGAUUCUGCGUACCCCAUAUUAACCAUGGACAAAAUCUCGUGGAAGAAGAGUUCAUACCAUCCGUUACUGCGACAUGCAAAGCUGGGUACAUGACGAUUAAAGUCACCACCAACCAGCCUUUUGUUGGUGCCGUGCACGCUAGAGACUAUCGUUCGUCGGGUUGUCUGAGUUACGGGAAUGGCACCAAGCUCACUACGCUCGGCAUCAACCUGUUGGCCACCCAAGGAUCGACUGAUUACUGUGGCAUAUUCAUCAACAACAAAACUGAAGAAAGAUCAGUACCGAUUGCUAUAAGGAUACAUAGAACUCUAGAACUUGCGGACGAUAAGUAUUACGUCAUCACAUGUGGCAAAUCAGGAUUCAAGAAUUCCAAAAACGAAACGUCGUUGGUAUCAUUAAAAUUCCUGGAUAACGGCAAAAGAAUUCAGGAAGUUGUUUACAGCCAUCCUUACACACUAAGGGCUGAGAUAUCAAGACACGAUGGUGCCUAUGGAAUACGCGUUAAGAACUGUUUUGCGUUCAACAAGAGGAACAACAGCGUCAACCUCAUCAAUGAGCUCGGUUGUCCGGCCAACACGAAGGUCAUCACGCCGUUCAAGUACGAUCCAAAGUCGGGGUACGCGGACGCGGCCCUGGCUUCGAUGUUCCGGUUCCCGGACAGCCCGGAACUGUACUUCCAGUGCGACAUCGAGGUGUGUCGGGGCGCGUGCGCGGAACCCGAUUGCGACGGCGUGUCCGCGGUGCAGUUGCAGCAGCAGCAGCAGAUCAGGUACGAGUUCGCGGUGGACUCGCCGGCGGAAAACGGCACGCUGACGGCCAGCACGACGGUGUUCGUGCUCGAGCCCGGCGAGACGGCCCGGAGCCUGACGCUAUGCGACGACCCGGCCGACGGGGGCAUCCGGCCGCCGUGGCUGCUAUACCUGUGCAUAGCGUUCGGGCUCAUGUUCCUCAUCAUGCUCGUCAUCAACGUGUUCCUGUGCUCGGCGAUGACGUGCUCGUGCGCCCGCACCGACAUCAUUGAAAAGGAGCCCAGCAUCAUCGAAGACUACGACCCGUACCGUAGUUGGCACGGUUCGCAGUACGGAUCUAGGUAUUCAUUAAACGGUAAGCCAGGAUACGUAUCUGGUGGCUCUACGAUGAAUUCGACUCGGUCCAUGUCGACCAACAGCGACCAUUAUGCUAUUGUGCACUCGCGACCAGGUAGUCGGUAUUCGGGCACCGCCAAACACCAGCCACACAUGAGAGGACCCCCGUCCAACAUUGGAUCACAUUACUCUGGAAAAUAG